AUGGAAAGUUUAAGCAUAAUGCAAGCUAGCUAAGCAUAGUCACCAGUAUUCUAUAGAAAUAGACCAAUUUUUAGUUGCUGUUGCGGUUUUUACUUUGGACGUUGGAAUAGGUUUAACUUUAUGAUCAAAGAUAGAGAUUAGACAAUGCAUUUCAAAUCAUAAUCGAUUGAUGUUUAAGUUCAUGACAUGAUAGCCACCAUCAACAUAUCAUAAGUGUUCCUAAAUGAAUUAUAAGAUGCAGUUGAGGCAACCUACGAAUUCCCAACAGACCCCGAUGUUGUAGUCUCACGUCUUGUGAUCGAAAUGGAUGAUAGAGUAAUUGAAGGCAAGAUCUUGGAAAAAGAAAAGGCAUAGGAAAAAUACGAUGACGCCAUUGCUGGUGGUAAUGCAGCAGUCCUAGUUAAAGAGAAAGAUUAAAACAAAGAUUUACUUUAAAUGACAAUAGGUGGAAUCAAUCCCCAGUAAGAGGUUAAGGUCAAUGUAUAGAUGAUAAAGCAUUUAGAAAUAGAGGCAGGCGCCUAUUGUUUGAGGAUUCCGACUUCAUAUUUUAUCAAGAGUUACAAUGAUGUAAAAUUAGUCCAAGACUUCACUGCAAAUAAAGAUAAAUUCUCAACAAAAUAUUCUUUCACGAUCAAUGUCGAGACAUCUAACCCUAUAAAAUAUCUGAGUGUACCCAAUCACUCUGAUGUCGUAAAAAACUUAACCUCAUCCUGA